AUGCCCGAGGCCGCCAAGAACGACGCCGCGUCGGAGAUCACGGAGCAGGAGUACCGCAAGAUCUCGUCGCGGCCGCACCUGAAGCACAACGACAUGACCGCCGAGGUGUGUACGGAGACCAUCGAGAUCAUCACGAUGGCGUGCGACAAGCACGUGCCCGUCAAGAACUACGAGGCCGCGGCGCAGCUCAUAAAGCAGAGCAUGGACAAGAAGUUCGGCUCGUCGUGGCACUGCUUCAUCGGCGAGGGCUACGGCUUCGACAUCAGCUACCAGCAGCGACACAUGCUCUACCUCUACGUGGGCGAUAUUGGCGUGCUCGUCUACAAGUGCUAG